CUGUUGAGCAUCCUGCAGUCUCACAUGAUCAGCUGUCCUGGUGGGGUGGAGUGUGGGAAGGUGUCAAAAUAUGUCUCUCAAUUUUUUUUUUUUCUUAAAAGGGAAAGCCAGAUGAGUGCCAAAAGCCCUGUUCUCUUCUUUAGCCCUGCAGUAACAAACUACAUGAGUGUAUGUUAUUAAGAUGAUAAGAUUAAAUUUCUAGCUACUAACAUGCUAUCACAACAGCAAAGGGGGAUGAAAGAUCUUGAAAAAAUUAUGAAAAUUAGCUUGACGGUCUCCUUUUAAUAAUAAGAUCACUCCUAACCCCAACAGACAGUGUAGGCUAGAAUUCCACGGGGCUUUUUUGUGGUCCUAAUGAUUUUAAUAAUACUUUGUGCUAUGUAGCACCUUUCAUUAGAGGAUCACAAAGUGCUUUACAGUCACUAAUUAAUUAAGCCUCACAACACUCCUGUGAGAUAGGUAAGUAUUAGACAUAUAUUAAGCUGAGACACUGAGAGUUAAUGAUUUUUUGCUGCAUUAUUCUGGCAAAAUGAUGGAUGUUUAAGCACUGUAUGUGUAAUAUAUAUGCGUGUGGGGGUGUGUAAUAUAUAUGAGUGUAAAAGUAUUAAUUUUACUAUACCUGAACAAAGAGGCCCUACUUGAGCCUGUUGAAUAUAAAUGUGUAUUUUCAUUUAACUUGAUGCUGCAGCAUACUGAUGGAUAACAUCACAGUCUUUUUAGGCCCUUGACUCAGUUUGCUGUUUGUAGACUUGUACAGAUAUUAUUCAGCGGUGUAUCACGAGAUUCAGACCUCUUCAUAAAUUCUGUUAAAAAGAGAAUAUGACUAAGACUUGACCUAAACCUGCAGAGCAAGCGGAAGGCAACAGCCAUACUGUUGCAAUAGGCUUUGAUGACAAGUCAUCAUGUUCAGUAAAAGUAAAGAGUAGCAAGAGUGACCCAUUGAGAGAGCUGAUGAUCAGCAGAUAAUUAGCCUUUGUGUUCACUGCUCGUAAGAAACUGUUGCUUAUCAGAAUUUGCUUUUUUGCUUUUCUUUUUUGAAACAAGUGCACUAGUCACUAUGGUAGUUUAUUAUUGUGAAUUAAUAGAGGAUUCCGCCUUCUGCUUCCAGGUACAAACUGUUGUGGCUGCAAAACAGAAAAACCUCUGUUAGAUACAGGAAUUGGGCAGAGUAGCCUUGCCUGGUUUUGAGGGAAACUGUAUGUAGCUCUUAGUAUUAGUUCAACUUGAAAAUAGUUGAGAGUGAUCAUAUCAGGUAAAACAAACCCAUAUGGUUUAAAGGAUAAUUUAAGUGUAAGGAAAAUAAGAUACUGACCCCUGGAUUAUGGAUGAGUUCUGCAACCUGGGACAUACACAAAGUUCAAGACACCUUUUCAUUUACAUCAAGCUUAGUGGUUGUUUUUUUUUUUUCCUUUCAUUUUGGAAACAUGACCAUUUGCAUGUAGUUAAGGUAGUUCUGUCCUAGUGUCUGCUCAGCAGUUGGCCUCUACUAAAUGGCCAAGAAUUUCGUUUGUUAUUGUGGUAGCAUUUUUGAGAUGUGGCUGGUUACCCAUUGGCAACUAAACUAAUACCACGAAAUACAUUGCAACUGGAGCUGUAGGCAGCCGGCAGGUGAUAACUUGCAAUUGCUGACAGCAGAACCUGGACUGGAACCAGUUAUUUGUAUGCCAUUUUCACUUCCUUUUAACCCAGUCCCUUUACAAUAAAUACCCACUGAUAUAUGUGAAUUUUCAAGACACGUUUCUACAGCAUUUAUCCAGCUGAUUUUCAAAACUUACAGCUCAUUUUAAACUUACUUUUUGGUGGACUUUACAUCUAGGACAGUUUUUGCUUUUUUGUUUUGCUUUCUCUUGAGUGUGUGUGUGUGUGUGAGAGAGAGAGAGAGAAAGAGAGAGAGAGACUGUCUAAGGAGAAGACAGCUAUGGUAUUUCUCAUGCUUAAGAGAAGUAGAGAACAGACACUAUUUGCAUAGUGCCCACUAAUAGAUGCAUGUAAAUGUACAAUAGGCAUAACAAUGUUUGUAAAUAAAAAGCUUAUUUUGAAUACAUAACUUAGGAAGGAAAACCUUUUUUUUUGUUUUGUUUUGCAGAUAUACAGAUCAGCUCUCAAAAUGUCUUCUGUGUCUUCCGUGCAUCUUCUAAGACAAUUGCAUUAGCCUGCCUGCUAGUUGACUAAUAGAAUUAAUAAUUGUAUAAAGCACUCUAAAGCCACAUGCCUUAUGAAGUCAAUGCUGGGUAUGAUUUUACAAAUAUGGUCCGGAAAAAGAACCCCCCUCUAAGAAACGUUGCUAGUGAAGGUGAGGUACAGACCCUUGAGUCUACAGGUACUGAAAGUGAAGAGUCUGGAAGGAAAAAAGAAUUUUCCACAGAGCAGAUGCAAGAAAACACUGACCAGCCUGAUGCGGCAGAGUUGAAUAACAAGGAGGAGCUUUGCACGCAUGUCCAAGAGCCAUCUUCCAGCAUUAAAAAGGACUUGAAAAGCUCAGUGCUGAGUGAAAAGGCUGGCUUCAAUUAUGAAAGCCACAAUAAGGGAGGAAAUGUUCCAUCCUUCCCUCAUGAUGAGGUGACAGACAGAAAUAUGCUGGCUUUCUCAUCUCCAGCUGUUGGGGGAAUCUGUGAGCCCUUGAAGUCUCCUCAGAAAUCAGAUGCAGAUGACACCCAAGAUGUGGUCUGUGCCCCGUCAGGAGAUGCAGCACAGACAAAUGAGGAGCAUCAGAUGUCGCCAAAAGCUUCAGAUGAAACAGCGCAAGUGCAAAGUGGUCAAACUGAUGGCCAAGGCUCAAGCCCGGUCCCCAUGGCCUCAAAAAACCCACAAGUGCCUUCAGAUGGGGGUUUAAGGCUGAACAAAUCUAAAGCAGAUUUGUUGGUAAACGAUAACCCAGAUACGGCGCCUCUGUCUCCAGAGCUUCAGGACUUCAAAUGCAACAUCUGUGGGUAUGGUUACUACGGGAACGACCCCACAGAUCUCAUCAAACACUUCCGCAAGUACCACCUAGGACUGCACAACCGCACCAGGCAGGAUGCUGAGCUUGACACUAAAAUUUUGGCUCUCCACAACAUGGUGCAAUUCAGCCACUCCAAAGACUUCCAGAAAGUCAACCGCACUGUGCUUUCGGGGGUGCUGCAGGACAUCAAUUCCCAGAGGCCUGUCUUAUUAAAUGGGACUUACGAUGUGCAGGUUACUUUAGGUGGAACCUUUAUUGGAAUUGGGCGGAAAACUCCAGAUUGCCAAGGCAACACCAAGUACUUCCGCUGCAAAUUCUGCAAUUUCACCUACAUGGGCAACUCGUCCACUGAACUAGAGCAACACUUCCUACAGACUCACCCAAACAAAAUGAAAGCAGCCCUUCCCUCCUCUGAUUCUGGUAAAACUUCAGAGAAAAACUCCAAUAAAUCCAGUCCUACUCUUCGACCAUGUGAUUCUGGAGACUUGGGGAAGUGGCAAGACAGAAUCACUGUAAAAGCAGGAGAUGAUACACCAGUUGGAUAUUCGGUGCCCAUCAAGCCAAUAGAUUCUGCUAGACAAAAUGGUACCGAUACAACCAGUUACUACUGGUGUAAAUUUUGCAGUUUCAGCUGUGAGUCGUCCAGCUCAUUGAAACUAUUAGAACAUUACAGCAAACAGCAUGGGGGAAACCAGUCAGGAAGCCAUCACCCAGAUAUGAAUGAUAAGCUUUCUAGGGGAUCUGUCAUUAACCAGAAUGAUCUAGCCAAAAAUGCAGAUGGGGAGUUAGUGACAAAGACAGAAAAGGGUGCGAGUGUGGCAAAAAAGAAAGACUUGACUAGCAAAGGAGCAGAGGACAGCAUGGUGACAAGCUACAACUGUCAGUUCUGUGACUUUAGGUACUCAAAGAGCCAUGGCCCAGAUGUAAUAGUGGUGGGCCCACUUCUUCGUCACUAUCAGCAGCUACACAACAUUCAUAAGUGUACCAUUAAGCACUGUCAGUUCUGUCCCCGAGGCCUCUGCAGCCCAGAAAAGCACCUUGGAGAAAUUACUUAUCCAUUUGCUUGCAGAAAAAGUAAUUGUUCCCACUGUGCUCUCUUGCUUUUGCACCUGUCUCCAGGGGUGACAGGAAGCUCUAGAGUCAAACACCAGUGCCAUCAGUGCUCAUUCUCCACUCCUGACGUAGAUGUUCUCCUGCUUCACUAUGAGAAUGCACAUGAAGCCCAAGUGUCUGAUGUCAAACCUGAAACAAAUACCCUGCAAGGCGCAGAUGGGCCGCUGACUCUCAAGGAGAACAAAGAACACUCAUGUACCAAAUGUGACUUUACCACCCAGGUGGAAGAAGAGAUUUCCCGACACUACAGGAGAGUACACAACUGCUACAAGUGCCGUCAGUGCAGCUUCACGGCUGUGGACACACAGUCACUACUCGAGCACUUCAACACCGUGCACUGUCAGGAGACAGACGUCACUACAGCCAAUGGGGAGGACAGUCACGGUGUUUCGGCUAUCAAGGAAGAGCCAAAAAUUGAUCUCAAGGUCUACAGUCUGAUUAAUCCAGACCCCAAAAUGGGGGAGCCCAUGUCUGACAGCAUAGUCAAGAGGGAAAAGAUAGAAGAUAAGGAAGUGCUUAAGGAGAAAGGUUGGACUGACAGUCCCGGUGAUGAUCUUCGCAACGUGCCCUGGAGAGGAACAGACAUUUUGAGAGGGAGCCCAUCAUACACACAGACCAGUUUGGGCUUAUUGACCCCAGUGUCCGUUGGCCAAGAGCAGCCAAAGCCUUUAAGGGAUAGUCCAAAUGUAGAAGCUGCCCAUCUGGCACGGCCCAUGUAUGGCUUGGCUGUGGAGAGCAAGGGCUUCCUGCAGGGGGUGCCGGCCGGAGCAGCGGAGAAAGCCGGGCAGCUCACCCAGCCCUACCCUGGAUCCGGGGAUGGCAAGGCCAAGGAUGAAUCCCAGUCCCUACUGCGGGCUGCUAUCAGUGAUCAGCGAGAGACUGUGUCCAGUACAAAUGAGUCCAAAUAUGCAAGGAGACGUAGAGGCUCGGGUGUUUUUUGUGCCAAUUGCCUGACCACAAAGACCUCUCUCUGGCGAAAGAAUGCAAAUGGUGGAUAUGUAUGCAAUGCGUGUGGCCUCUACCAGAAGCUUCACUCGACUCCCAGGCCUUUAAACAUCAUUAAGCAGAACAAUGGUGAGCAGAUCAUUAGAAGACGAACAAGAAAGCGCCUUAACCCGGAGGCACUUCAGGCUGAGCAGCUAAACAAACAGCAGAGGGGUAGCAGUGAGGAGCAAGUCAAUGGAAGCCCCUUAGAGAGGAGGUCAGAGGAUCACUUAACUGAAGGUCAUCAGAGAGAAAUUCAACUUCCCAGCCUCAGUAAAUAUGAGGCCCAAGGUUCAUUGACUAAAAGCCAUUCUGCUCAGCAGCCAAUAUUGGUCAGCCAGUCUCUGGAUAUUCACAAAAGGAUGCAACCUUUGCACAUUCAGAUAAAAAGUCCUCAGGAAAGUACUGGAGACCCAGGCAACAGUUCAUCGAUAUCAGAAGGGAAAGGAAGCUCAGAGAGAGGCAGCCCGAUAGAAAAGUAUAUGAGACCUGCGAAACACCCAAACUAUUCACCACCUGGAAGCCCUAUUGAAAAAUACCAGUACCCACUCUUUGGACUUCCGUUUGUACACAAUGACUUUCAGAGUGAAGCUGACUGGCUGAGAUUCUGGAGUAAAUAUAAGCUGUCUGUUCCUGGGAAUCCACACUACUUGAGUCACGUGCCUGGCCUACCAAAUCCUUGCCAAAACUAUGUGCCUUAUCCCACCUUUAAUCUGCCUCCUCAUUUUUCAGCUGUUGGAUCAGACAAUGACAUUCCUCUAGAUUUGGCGAUAAAGCAUUCCAGACCUGGGCCAACUGCAAAUGGUGCCUCCAAGGAAAAGAGUAAGGCACCACCAAAUGUAAAAAAUGAAGGUCCCUUGAAUGUAGUAAAAACAGAGAAAGUUGAUAGAAGUACUCAAGAUGAACUUUCUACCAAGUGUGUGCACUGUGGCAUUGUCUUUCUGGAUGAAGUGAUGUAUGCUUUGCAUAUGAGUUGCCAUGGUGACAGUGGACCUUUCCAGUGCAGCAUAUGCCAGCAUCUUUGCACGGACAAGUAUGACUUCACAACUCACAUCCAGAGGGGCCUACACAGGAACAAUGCACAAGCUGAAAAGAAUGGAAAACCUAAAGAGUAAACCUUAGCACUUAGCACAAUUAAACAGAAAUAGGUUUCCUUGAUGGGAAUUCAAUAGCUUGUAAUGUCUUGUGAAGACCUAUAAAGCACUUCAUAUAGAGAGCAUGCCUUAUCCAAUAUUAAACCCCUUGUCUUUUCUUUUUCUUCCUUUUUCUUUU